AUGCUGGUCCUCGUCGCCGGCGCCACCGGCAACAUCGGCCAGAAGCUGAUCGACAGCCUCCACGCCAGAGGCCACCACGUCCGCGGCCUCGGGCGCAACCCCUCCAAGCUCACGGAUGAGCGCCGCGCCAAACUCCAGGACUUCAUCGUCAGCAAGAACCACUACGACAUCGAGGCCCUCGAACGCGCCUGCGAGGGCGCCGACGCCGUCAUCUCGGCGUACGGCGUCUUCCCCGCCGAGCUCCAGAUCGACGGCCAGCUCCUCCUCCUCCGCGCCGCCGAGCGCGCCAACGUCCGCCGCUUCGUCCUGUCGACCUGGAACGCCGACUGGAGCCGGGACCCGCUGGGCAUGCACGAGAGCUACGACCCGCUCAUCGCCCUCCGCCGCCUCGCCGAGCUCAGCUCCCCGAUCAAGCCGCACUACGUCUUCACCGGCGUCCUGGCCGAGGUCUUCUGGGUGUUCCCGGGCCACCCUUACGGCGCGGUCGAGAUGAACGGCUACUGGGAUGGGAAGCAGAAGACCAUGAGCUUCUGGGGCGACGGCGACAAGCCGAUGCCGUGGACCACCGAGGGGGACGCGGCCGAGUUCACGGCCGCCAUCGUCUCGCGGGACGACGCCGAGGAGGGCGGGUGCUGGAACACGAUCUCCGGCAUCCACUCGGUCAAGGAACUCGCGGCGGCGUACGAGAGGGUCAAGAACAAGAAGGUCGCGCUUCACAGCCGGGGAACCGACGAGGAUCUGGGGAAGCUCGCGUUCGAGGCCCGCGAGCGCAGCUCUCCCAGAGACUUUUACCAGUACAUGGCGUACUUUUAUCAGUACUACAUGAACAAGGGGACGUGGGAUAUGGAGAAGAUCGACAACGACAAGCUCGGCGUCCAGCCGACUUCGUUGGAGGACUUUUUGCGCGACAACGACAUCUAG